CUUCAGAGCAAAAUCAUGUCUGGUCUUGUCAAGAAGGGAGGCAAGGACCAGGCUAAGGCUAAAUCUAAUUCUUCCCAGGCAGGGCUGCAUUUCCCUGUAGCCUGGGUGCACCAUCUACUUCACAAGGGCAAUUGCAUUAAGCAAGUGGGAGCUGGGGCAUCAGUCUAUUUGGCUGCAGUGAUGGAAUUUCUGACAGCUGAAAUCUUGGAAUUGCCUGGGAACACUGCCCACAACAAGAAGAAAACUUGCAUCGUUCCAGUCUGCAAUGAUGAGGAGCUGAACAAGCUGCUGUGGGGAGUCACUGUCGCUCAGGGCAGGGUGCUGCCUAACAUCCAGGCAGUGCUCCUGCCUAAGAAAACUGAGAGCCACAAAGCCAAGGGCAAGUGGAAUCUGCAGAUUUAGACCCAGAAUCAGCAAUAUUCGUAACAUAAAACCUCGCUGUCCGAUGCUCUCUGCUGCCGCCACUACCGUGGCAGCAUCUUGCCACUCUUCCAGCCCUGCACACUGGCCCUGGAGCACCUGGGAGCCUGCUUGAUGUGCAUGGGGUUGGGUGGCUGGUCAGACCUGAGGAGGUGGUUUGUGUGCCCAGCAGCUUAUCUAGCAUCUCCCCCAUCUCCUAUAUCUGCUCCCUCAGAAAAUGUUGCUAGACAAACCCUGCUCCUUCCAUGUUCCCUGAGCCAUCGCUGCCACAACAAUACCACCACUACACACUGCCCAUGAAAAGCUGAAGGGGUCUGCCAUCCUGCCCAUAGCCACAAGUCUCCUUUAGUGCUGGGGCAGAAGCAACAUCAUGACAGAAAUCCUCAAGGGCCCUCUUCCCCCAUGCAUUUCCCACAACAUCACUCUCUCUGCUUUGGUGUGUCAGGCCUCUUAAGGUUUCCCCAUUUCCCCUCCACAUAAAUUCCUGUCAGUAUGAAUGUAGCAGGAUCCUGGUACAGGUUCCACUUCACAGCUUGGAAGUUGGGGCUGCCCUCUGGCAGUAGUUUAUGAGCCUCUCUCUAAGGAGGGGUUUCUUCUCCCUUGAUGCUCAGAGCUUAGCAAGUGGAGGCAGCAGGCCUCAGGAGAGAAGGAGAAUCCAAAGUACAUGAGCCCAAUCUCUAACUUCCUUGGUAAUUGUUGCAAAUAGCUCUGAAGUCAGCAGAGGGCAACCUUGAUCUUCUCUCAAUCUAAUCAAAGAAUUGGGUGGUCAGAAUUGAACAGAGUAUUACCAAUAUAAAUCAAAUGAGUCAGGAAAAGAAUCAUGUCUACAAAGUUUGCAGGGCACCUUUGAUGCUUCCCCCCAUGCUGUCUUAAACUCAGAACCCAAACCUAUCUAGGAAAAAAAA